CAGCCGCGCGGGCAUGGCCGCUCGCCGCGGCGACCGGUGCCCACCGGACGCGCUGCUGAACCGCUUCCACGCCGAGCGGGCCAGGAAGGAGCGCCGCUGGCAGCUGCUCUUCACGCAGUACACCGUAAACCCCCUCCAACCCGUUCACAUGGUCUCUAGGAAGCCAAUGUCUCGGCAUGAGAACAUACAGGAGCCGAUAGAUGAUGAAUUCCUGAAACUUCUUCACCGUGCAGCAGUGGUGCCAAGAGAGAAAUACUCAGAGCCACAAACUGAAAGCCAAGUAAUUGGCUGGCAUACAAAACCUUUGGUUCCUUUUGAUCGCAGUGAUACCAGAUUCUACUUCCCACGCCACACAACUGAGAUUACCAUCCAUGGCUACCCUGCACCACGGGAACCGAAGUUUAAAGACCAGGAAGAAAGCUACACAUAGAAUGUUAAUGACAUCUGAUGUGUUAGGUCCUGCUCGUUAUCUAGCAAGUCUGGCAGACCUCUAGUGAGAGACAAUAGAAAAGAGAACUUUAGUCUGUCCAGAUUUACAACCUGACAACAGUGUCACAAAUAAACCCAUCUGUAAGGCUC